AUGAGUCCUGCAGCCUGGCUGUGCUGGGCCUCCCUUCUUCUCCUGGCCAGGCUUACCCAACCCUGCCCUGAAGGCUGUGACUGCAUCAUCCAGGAGGUGUUCUGCUUGGACGAGGAGCUGGCCGCUGUGCCACUGGACAUCCCGUCCUAUGCCACAAACAUCAUCUUUGUGGAAACCUUGUUCUCCAUGGUGGGAACCAGGGCCUUCAGCAGUAGCCCCAACCUGACAAAGGUGGUCUUCCUCAAUACCCAGCUCUGCCACUUUGGGCCGGAUGCCUUUGGGGGACUGCCCAGGCUCGAGGACCUGGAAAUCACUGGCAGUGCCUUCUCCAACCUCACUGCUGGCAUCUUCUCCAACCUGACCUCUCUGAGCAAGUUCACCCUCAACUUCAACAAGCUGGAGGCACUGCCCGAGGGCCUCUUUCAGCACAUGGAUGCCCUGGAGUCCCUCCAGUUGCAGGGGAACCGCCUCAAAGUACUGCCCUUAAGGCUCUUCCAUCCUCUGGGACAUCUGAGGACCCUCAACCUUGCUCAGAACCUCCUGACCCAGCUCCCCGAGGAGCUGUUCGACCCACUGGUCAGUCUGCAGACCCUGAAGUUGAGCAACAAUGCUCUCUCUGACCUUCCCCAGGGCGUGUUUAGCAAGCUGGGUAGCCUGCAGGAGCUCUUUCUGGAUGGCAACUCGAUAUCACAGCUGUCCCCUGAGGUAUUCUCGCAGCUCUUCUGCCUGGAGAAGCUGUGGCUGCAGCGCAAUGCCAUUGAGCGCCUGCCACUCUCUGUCUUCUCCUCCCUGGGCAACCUCACCUUCCUGAACUUGCAGGGCAACUCACUGCGGACACUGCCAGCCGGCCUCUUUGCCCAGACCUCAGGCCUGGUGGGGCUAUCUCUGUCUCACAACCAGCUGGAGACCGUUGCUGAGGAAGCCUUUGCCAACCUGUCUAGACUCAGCUCCCUCACACUCUCACAUAAUGCCAUCACCCACCUCCCAGCUGGUGUCUUCUGGGACCUUGAGGGAUUGGUCAGGCUCUAUCUGGGCAGCAACAACCUGACAGCCUUGCACCCAGCCCUUUUCCAGAACCUGUCCAACCUUGAGCUGCUCAGCCUCUCCAGGAACCUCCUGACCACACUCCCAGAGGGCAUCUUUGACACCAACUACAACCUGUUCAACCUCGGUCUGCACAGCAACCCCUGGCAGUGUGACUGCCAUCUGGCCUACCUCUUCAGCUGGCUGCGCCAGUACAGCGACCGGCUCUUCAACAUCCAGACCUACUGCGCCGGGCCUGCUUACCUCAAGGGCCAGGUGGUACCUGCCUUAGAGGAAAAGCAGCUGGUGUGCCCUGUCACCAGGGACCGCUUGGGCUUCCAGGGCCCAGGGCUGGAUGAACAGGAGCCAGGGGGCAUCUGGGAUCUGGCCGCAGCGGGAAGGGCACGAAGCCCAUGCACCUACAGCAACCCUGAAGGCACAGUGGUGCUGGCCUGUGAUGAGGCUCGGUGCCGCUGGCUAAACAUCCAACUCUCUCCUCGGCAGGGCUCGGGAACCCCGGGACUGGCAUACAACACCACUCGGGAGUGGGACUUGAGGUCAAGCUGCGGCUCCAUGCGGGUCACUCUGUCUAUUGAGGCCCAGGCAGGGGACACCUAG